AUGGCGGAAUCUAUCGAAGCAGACUACCUCGUCGUCGGCGCAGGCGGAAUGGGAAUGGCCUUCGUCGAUACCUUGCUCUCGGAUACCAAAGCUACUGUGGCCCUCGUCGAUCGCUAUAGCCGCCCCGGAGGUCAUUGGACUACGGCCUACUCUUUUGUGAGGCUGCACCAGCCCUCCGCCUUCUAUGGAGUCAACUCUAAGAAGUUGGGCAGCGGCCUCAUUGACCAAGUCGGCUGGAAUAAAGGCCUACAUGAGCUGGCUACCAGCGAUGAGGUCCUGGCAUACUACGACCAGGUCUUGAACCAGCACUUCCUACCGUCUGGACGAGUCCAGUACUUCCCCAACUGCAAUUAUGAAGGCGGCGGCAAGUUCAUCUCCAUGAUCUCAGGCAAGAGUUUCCAAUUAGCUGGCAAUUCCACCCGGAUUGUGGACUCCACGUACAUGCGCGUCAAGGUGCCAUCCAUGGGCCCUCCGUCGUACCAAGUGGCCUCUGACGUCUCUUUUGUGACGCCGAACUCACUAUCGAGGAUAUCGCAACCCUUCGCCAACUUUACCAUCGUCGGCGCCGGCAAGACGGGCAUCGACACUUGCCUAUGGCUGCUUUCGCGAGGAGUCGACGUCUCGAAGUUGACGUGGAUCAUGCCACGGGACUCGUGGCUUUUUGACCGCAGCGAGAGUCAGCCAGGCGCCGAGUUUGCCACGAGGAGCCUCAGUUGUUUCCCUGACCAGAUGGAGGCCAUCAUGGCGGUGACAUCUGUGAGCGAUCUGUUGAUUAGGCUGGAAGGAAGAGGACAUCUCAUGCGUAUCAGCGACGACGUCUGGCCAACUAUGUUCCGCUGUGCCUCCGUGUCGGUGGCUGAGCUCGAGCAGCUGAAGAAGAUCACGAACAUUAUCCGCCAGGGCCGAGUUGUCAGCAUCGGGCUUAACGAGGUGAAGUUCGACAAUGGGUUCAGCUACCAGCCGCAGCCAAACACCCUCUUUGUCGACUGCACGGCGGACGGACUGGAGAAGCGCGAGGCAGUCCCUGUCUUCAACGGAAAUCUGAUCACGUUACAGGCUGUCCGUAAAUGCCAGCAAGUCUUCAGCGCAGCCUUCAUCGCCCAUGUCGAGACAGCUUACAGCGACGAUGAAACCAAGAACAAGCUUUGCCGCCCCAUUCCGCAUCCGGAUCAGGAUUUUGACUGGCUUCUUACCACAUACCUCGAUUUUCAGAACUCCAUGCUAUGGCUUGCCCAGCCCAAAACCACAAAGUGGCUUUCUCAGGCUCGUCUGGACUGGAUCGGCGCCUUACUGGCAUUUCCCCGCACCGGCGACGACGAUGACUCCGACUCCUCGAUGAAAGAGCAGGCCCCGAGCUGGGAUAUGGCUCCGCAGAUCCAAGCGGCGUGUGAGAAACUCAAAGAUUUACUUGCUCAACUUCCGUCGAAAGACGCCGAACGAGUGAAGGGGCAGAUCCACGGCGAGUAA